AUGCCUCCGAAAAAGUGGGAUGACGAGUCCGAAGAAUCCUCCGACGAAGAAUCGGUCGAUGUCCCUGCUGCUAGACGAAAGUUUGGAGACGAAGAAGACUCAGAUGAUGUCGCCGAUAACUGGGAAGAGGAAGAUGACUCCGAUGCUGAACGAGAAAAGGCUGCCAAAGCCGCAGCGGCUAAAGCCAAGGCCGAUGCAGAGGCUGCUGCCAACAAGAAAUCAAAGGCUCAGAGAAUAGAGGAACAUCGUGAAGCCAACCGACGGAAAAGAUUAGAAGAAGACGCCGAGAGCGACGACGACGAAGACGAUACACAGCGACGGUUGCGUCUGCGACAAACAGAGCAAGAUGCCGAUCUGAAACACGCUCAGGAUCUUUUUGGAGACGUUGGAAUUGGACCAAAAGGCCGGACGAACAAGGCUACCAUCAUUGAAGACAAAGCGAACCCGGGUCAGGCCAUCGAUCUAUCAGCCCUGGCACUCUUCAGGCCGGCAACCAAAACACAAUUUGACAAUCUGACUACCACUCUAGCUCCGCUGCUCGCUGCAUCCUCCUCUAGGCCUCACUACGCUAUCUGGCUCCCCAAUUUUGUCAAGCAAAUUGCAGCCGAUCUACCCAGCGCCGAAAUCAAGAAGGUAGCGAGCGCCCUGACGGCGUUGAGCAACGAGAAGAUGAAGGAAGAGAAGUCGGCCGACAAGGGAGGCAAGAAAUCCAAGGCGGCAAAGACCAAGACCAGUCUCGCUGCUGGACGUGAUGUUGGCAGGGGCGUGGCAGAUACAACGAGUUAUGACGACGACGGUUUGGGUGAUGAUGAUUUCAUGUGA